GCGCCUCAGUUUCAGCAUAAAGUGUGAAGAAAAUUCUCCCUCCCUCUCUCCCCCCCUCGGUAUAUCCUCCCAGCAUCUCGUCUUAUCCUUCCCUCCCUCCCUUUUAAACAUAGACAUGAUAAUAAUAUAAAUAAAAUCUCCUCCCCCAUUGUUAUAGAGUAACUUCCCUUUUCCCUCUCUCCCUCUCUCCCUCUCACACACACACACCCCGUCUUUUCUCUUGCUGUUAUCUAUGGCUAAAACAAAUGCCGCAACUUCAUCAUCCACUAACAUACUUCUUCGUUAUAACAACAAAAAAAGAAAUGAUUUUCUCUUCUCUUUCAACUCUAUUAAUCUUUUCAACAAAUCUCUCCCCUUCAAGAAACCUUCUCUUCAUCCUCCUCUACUCUCACUCUCUUCCUCUCCGUCCAAGCCCCUGACCACGCAAGUUUCCAUUGCGCCUGUUGAGUACGCGCCACCCGCACCUGACUCUUUCAAUUUCCACCAAGAAAUCUCUCGACUCCAAUCUCUCCGUUCAAAGCUCGCUCGCUCCAAAACACUAAACGGCAAACACUCAGUGCUAAACGACGACUCACGCGUCAAACGGUUUUUCAAAAUUGGAGGAGUUUCUAGGUUUCUGGAUUCAAUUAAUUUAACCUCUCGUGAGUUGUUUUUGCUCAAGUGUUUGGUCGCCGCUGGUCAAGAGCACGUGGUUAGUUUGGAGGGAUUCGAGUUGGUUGAGAGUGAAGCGGUGGAGUCUGUUAGAACUUCCGUUAAGAGCGCGCUUUAUAGUUUAGUGGAGAUUAUUGAGGGGUUUGAUUUGAGUGAUAAUGGUAAUAAAGGAUUAGAGAGGAUUAAUUAUGGGGAGAAUUUGACUGAUGAGGAGAUCAAGGACUUGAAGAAGUUGCUGAAGAGUUUAGGCGAGGUCGAGGAGUUUUAUGAUUGUAUUGGAGGUGUCAUUGGAUAUCAGAUAAUGGUGCUGGAACUUCUUUUCCAGUCAACAUUCAAAAAGCAGACUACAAAUUGGUCCCAGCACAUAAAAGAAUCAAUGGAAUGCCAGUUUUUGGAAAUUCACGCUCCUAGUGGACUUGACCUUUCAAAAAAUACAGAGUAUGCAUCUCAAGCAGCUCUGUGGGGAAUUGAGGGUUUGCCAGAUCUAGGAGAAAUUUAUCCUCUUGGUGGUUCUGCUGACCGGCUUGGUUUGGUUGACCCUGACACUGGUGAAUGCCUUCCUGCUGCCAUGCUUCCUUAUUGUGGACGGACCUUAUUGGAAGGUCUUAUAAGAGAUCUCCAGGCUAGAGAGUUCUUGUACUUCAAGAUAUAUGGAAAGCAGUGCAUUACCCCUGUAGCAAUCAUGACAAGUUCUGCUAAGAAUAACCAUGAGCAUAUCACUUCUCUUUGUGAAAGGCUGAGCUGGUUUGGAAGAGGUCAAUCCAGUUUCCAACUUUUUGAACAGCCUCUUGUUCCAGCUGUUAGUGCUGAAGAUGGGCAGUGGUUGGUUACAAAACCAUUUGCACCUGUAUGCAAGCCCGGUGGACAUGGUGUGAUUUGGAAACUUGCUUAUGACAAAGGCAUCUUCGAGUGGUUUUAUGAUCAUGAUAGAAAAGGUGCUACUGUGCGACAAGUCAGUAAUGUUGUUGCUGCCACGGAUUUGACCCUUUUGGCACUGGCAGGGAUUGGCUUACGUCACAGAAAGAAACUGGGGUUUGCCUCUUGUAAGCGCAACUCAGGGGCUACUGAAGGAAUUAAUGUCCUUAUUGAAAAGAAGAAUCUUGAUGGGCAGUGGGCUUAUGGCUUGUCAUGCAUUGAAUACACCGAGUUUGAUAAGUUUGAAAUCACAGGCGGUCCUUGUUCAACUAACAGUUUGCAGGCAGAGUUCCCUGCCAAUACAAACAUUCUGUAUGUGGAUUUACCUUCUCUGGAGUUAGUUGCAUCAAGUAACAAUGAAAAAAGUUUGCCAGGCAUGGUUCUGAAUACAAAAAAGCCAAUUGUAUACAUGGACAAUUAUGGGAACUGUCACAGUGUCUCUGGUGGUCGGCUGGAAUGCACAAUGCAAAAUAUUGCAGAUAAUUUCACAAACACCUAUUUAUCCAGAUGUUACAAGGGUGUGGAAGAUAAGCUGGAUACCUUUAUUGUGUAUAAUGAGCGAAGAAGGGUUACUUCAUCUGCUAAGAGGAAAAGAAGACAUUCUGACAAUACCUUGCAUCAGACUCCAGAUGGUGCACUCUUGGAUAUCUUACGGAAUGCCUACGAUCUUCUUUCACAUUGUGAUAUAGAGCUUCCUCAGAUUGAAGGUAAUGAUAAAUAUGUUGAGUCUGGACCACCAUUUCUCAUCUUUCUGCAUCCUGCUCUUGGCCCACUUUGGGAGGUCACAAGACAAAAGUUUAAUGGAGGAUUCAUAUCUAAGGGUUCUGAGCUACAAAUUGAGGUCACAGAGUUCUCAUGGAGAAAUGUUCAGCUUGAUGGAAGCUUGAUCAUUAUUGCUGAAAAUGUUAUGGGCUCAACCAGGAUUGAUCCAAAUGGUGAACCAAUAUUACAGUAUGGGAACAGGUGUGGAAGAUGUAGACUGCAAAAUGUCAAAGUUGUGAACAAAGGGAUUAACUGGAGUUUUGGAGACAAUAUAUACUGGAAGCAUGAUGUGCAACGGUUUGAGGCAUUGAAGGUUAUUCUGCAUGGAAAUGCUGAAUUUGAGGCUGACAAUGUUACCAUACAGGGAAAUCAGAUAUUUGAAAUACCAGAUGGCUACAAAAUGAAGAUAACAUCAGGAGAUUCAGGUUUGCAAGUCCAGCUCAACCCUUUAGAACAAAAAAUAAUGGAUAGUGGAAGCUGGCACUGGAAUUACAAGAUACAUGGCUCACAUAUUCAGUUGGAAUUGGUAGAGAUGUAAAUAUUGACAGUCAUUCGAUCUGGUUCAAUGUCAAUCGUGGUUUACAAAUGAACUGGAAAGCUCGCCUUUGUAGUUUUGACUGGUUAAACACAAGUUAAACCAUUUACUCAUAGGAUCGUUUUUACUGUAAUACAUUGAAUUAGAGCCUUGUAAAACUUGCAUGGUCUCGUCUGGAGCUCUUGUAACUUUUGUGCAUUAUAUAUCUAUAUGUAUAUUUACUUUUAUUAACCUUUGUGUUAAAUUAAUGUACAUCCAGUGUAGAAACAAUGUAAGAGCUCAAGCAAUAAACUACAUAUUUCCCUUUUCUAA